AUGGAUCCGGAACAAAUAAUGUUGGAUAAUAACGAUUUCGAAGAUGGUUCCGACUAUGGCGACUACGAUUUUAUGCAGGAUCAGGACGCAUUGUCAAUGAAUGCUCCUCUCGAUGCCAUUCUCGACCCAUCGACUACACCGAUUUCGUGCCAAUCGUCGCCGCUAGAGGACUCGCUUGCGAUCGCUACGAGCCUCGACGAAGCGGCGUCUGCGGUGCGGGUGACAGAGGCAACGGCUGGAGCAACGCGCACUACGUCGUCGUCGACGGCGGUCACCAGCGUCCAUCUGAAGCCGCACCAGAAGCUGACCAUCAAGACAGUUGUUCUCGGCGCAUCGACCGUAACUAGCGUCAACAGUGGCCACGGGGGAGCAUCCGGAUCAUCAUCGUCCUCCUCGUCGCCGUCGUCCUCCUCCCCGUCGUCAAUCUCCUCGCCGCCGGUACCGGCACCCGGUGUACGCUUCGGACUCGGUGGCGGUAAACCUUCGGCGGCAGCAUUGCGGCGAGGACCGGGACGGCCAAAGAAAGAUUUCAUUCCUCUGCUGAAGAUGUCCUCGUCGGCAAACGGAGGCGGCAGCAGUGCAACAGGAAGUGCAGCCACGUCCACCUUCGGCCCCGCCUCAGCGAUCAGCGGGAGCUUGGGUAGCGGUUCGACGACGAUCAUCAAGCUCACCCAAGGUGGCAACGGUAGCGAUCGUGGCAUCACGGCCGGCAGCUCGUCACCCUCGUCCGAGGCGAGCAAAGCUGUUAAAAGUCCAAACCCCCCGUUUCCACUGCUUUCUAGAUAUAAGCAUACUAAUGUUGUUCGUGGUGGUAUUCCUAAAAGGAAAGUGGAACUAGCGGCCGUUGCAAUGCAAGAAACGGCCCCCGGCAGCAGGAGCCCGGGAGUAUCGGGAACCGCCGUUCUUCCCCUGUCCUCACCGACCACUACCUCCGGCUUGUCGGUCGGGUUCGCGUCCGCGCUACUGGCGUCUCCGACCGACGAAGCAUUGCUCACCGGUGGUGCCAGUAGCACCGCCAACAGCUCCGUGGCCUCGACACCUACCGGCGAGCUAGAAGCGACCGAUCCGGCACAACUGAUGCCGGCUCCUGAUGAACUACCCUUCUUCCCGGAGAAGUACACCGGCAAACUAUGCAUUCUGUGCAACCUCGGCGAACGCAGUCAGCUCGGACAGGGCGAAAUGUUGCGCAUCGAGGUGACGAUUCCGGCCGACCAGCUGGCGUCGGCGCUUUCGCAGGAAGACAAAACACAUUCCCUUGCAGGCGACUCCUUUGGGUCCUCCUCCUCGCUUGGCGACACUUUUGGCGACAGGAGUCCCCGCACGCUGGCCAGCUUGGCUCCACCGCUCCUGGCCAACAGCAAGCGACAGAAGGGCUCCAACAAGUGCAAAAAUCCCAUCGCAAACGCAGAGUACACGGAUGAGCUGGAAAAGAUCGGCCACCUGGAGGUGAACGAUGGGUCGUUCAUCAACGACGGUGGCUACUUCUACAUUCAUCGCUCCUGUGCCCUAUGGUCGUACGGUGUCGGACGGGAUCCGCUGAGCGGGACGCUGAGCAACCUGGAGGUUGUGGUUGCCCAAAGCCUUAGCCGACGGUGUCACUUUUGUGCCCAUUUCGGCGCCAGUUUGUCGUGCAAGAUGUCCUGCCCAAAAUGGUACCACUUUCCUUGUGUGGCCGCCUCGGGCGGCUUUCAGGUGAUCCAAACGUACAACAUCUUCUGCAAGGAGCAUCUCGGACAAGUGCCUUUAGUGUGUGCGGAGGACAUCAACUGUCGGCAGUGCUCGGCGCUGGGCGAUGUCGGUAAUCUGAUCAUGUGUUCGAUCUGCGGCGAUCACUAUCACGGCACGUGCGUCGGACUAGCGCAGCUGCCCGGUGUGCGCACCGGUUGGCAGUGCAAUUCGUGCAAAAAGUGCCAAAUCUGCCGUGUACCUGACUCAUUCGAGGGCCGCACGGUGGCAUGCGAGCUGUGCGACAAAAUUUACCACGCCAGCUGCCUGCGACCGAUCAUGACCUCGAUACCGAAGCUCGGCUGGAAGUGUCGCUGCUGUCGGGUGUGCUCGGACUGUGGAGCACGCACCCCGGGAGCGGGUGCUUCCUCGCGGUGGCACUCGCACUACACGGUGUGCGACUCGUGCUAUCAGCAGCGCAACAAGGGCUUCUCGUGCCCGAUCUGCCACCGAGCGUACCGUGCAGCGGCUUACCGCGAGAUGGUCAAGUGUAGCGCGUGCUCCAAGUUCGUUCACAGUACCUGCGACCCGGAUGCCGAGCUGUCGGUGUACAAUGCCCGGAAGGAGUCGAGCCCCGAUUACGAGUAUCUGUGCAGCCCGUGCAAAACGGUCAUCCACAAUGGGCGGCUCGCGGCGGCCCUGCGCCGUAGCACCAGUGUCGACGACGACAGCAGUAUGGCGCUCUCGCAGGACAGUCUUGCAACGGAGGACGCGAUGGAAGUGGACGGUGUAGAGGGCGAUAGUAGCGGACGCGAUCGCUUCGAUCGAGCCGCCCCGCUCCAGGAUGUUGGUCUAGGAAAGGGUAAACCGUACGUGGCCAGUAAAAUUGCAAGGAAACGCCUUGUGUUGGCGCUCGCCGGUGGUGGUGGUAUCCUGGGUGGCAACCGACCGAAAGGUAUUGGCAAAGGAUUCCAGAAAAAAUCCCGCUUCGCGGAUAUUACACGAAAGCGAGGUUCGAAGGCGAAGAUGCGAGGCAUUUUCGGUGUUCCCGGGCUGGGUUUGCAGCGACCAACGGUCGAUCUGACAGCAUCAGCAAAGGCGACGGAAGAUGAACCGGGUGGCGAGAAUCGGUUGGUGCUGUGCUCGGCCAAGGAUAAGUUUGUACUCACGCAGGACAUUUGCGUGAUGUGUGGUGCGAUCGGUACCGAUCAGGAGGGAUGUCUGAUUGCCUGUACCCAGUGCGGUCAGUGCUACCAUCCGUACUGCACCAACGUGAAGGUGACGAAGCUGAUUCUGCAAAAAGGCUGGCGCUGCUUGGACUGUACCAUCUGCGAAGGCUGCGGUCAGCGAAACGAUGAGGCGCGUCUUAUUCUCUGCGACGAUUGCGACAUCUCGUUUCACAUCUACUGCAUGGAUCCGCCCCUCGAGCAUGUUCCGCAUGGCACGUGGAAGUGCAAGUGGUGUGCAAUGUGCCAGAAGUGUGGCACCAACAGUCCGGGCUUCAACAGUGGCUGGAUGAACAGUUACAGCGAGUGCGGUCCAUGUGCCAGCCAGACUAACUGUACGUCGUGUAACGAAGGGUACUCGGAAGGGGAGCUAAUCAUCCAGUGUCACCAGUGCGAACGAUGGCUGCACUGUGCUUGCGAUCAGAUCAAGAAUGAAGCCGAAGCAGAAAGGUGCGCAGAAGAGGGCUACAAUUGCGUCGUUUGCCGACCGCAAGACCAACCACCUCCUCAUCUUGUGCCAAAGCGCAAAAGUCUCACAUCGCUGGGAGCAUCCUCUUCGGCCAUAGCAUCGCUAACGGCACAGAAAGGGCCUUCGAAGAUGGAGGAAAAAGUCGUUCCCUUAGCCCUCGAGGGCAACCACUACAUCGACGGCGUAUGCUUGAGUGAACACGGGCUGCACCAAAUUAAGGCCCUGCAGGCCGAGUUUGGUAAGCGCGGAAAGCGGAAACCGAAGCUACCAGUGGAACCCCCGGCGGCGGAGAAAGAUGCGGGAAUACUGGCCGCAAUUGAGUCGGUAGUUUCCGGCAACAGCCACGACAAUUCGUUCGAAGAUAUGCGCCUCGAGCCACUGGACCCGAAGGAGGAAGCCGAAAUCUACAAGGACGGAAUGCCGUGGAACGAUCCGACGCCCCCGGAAGGGUUCGCACUAUUCACCAACGAAAGUGGCACCGUGGUGCUGCGGAAGAAACGACAGCGCAAUCUGCAAAAACUAGGCAUCGGUGGUUUCUUCGUGCGCAACCGUGCAAUACGGACGAAGGACGGCAAAGAUGACGAGGACGGGCUGGGCGAAGGGUUGGACGACGGUGCGGAAGGAGGUGGUGGAGCUGUGACGAAACCAAAGAAGAAGCCAAUCAGGCGGAAGCCGAAAAAUAAGCUCAUCGAAAUCUACCCCAACAUACUGCAGGACGCGUUCUUCGGCCGGGCGCUGCUGUGUGCGAACGUAAUGCCGCAGUUCGACACACCCGUCAGCGACGAUGAGCUGAAGAGCGAGAUAUCGGACGAUAAGACCGUCAAACUGACGGCCGAGGAGCUAAGACUGUUCGAAGCCUUUAAAGAGAAGGAAGAAGAGAGCGAACAACCCAAAGAGCAAGCCGUGACGGCCGCCAACGGAGCACCGCAACCGGGUGCUGCAGAAGCAGCCACGGCAGCACUGGUUGCUAAAGUGGCGGCUACGGUGGUACCACCGAAGGUUGGCCCCAAAGCAGUAACAGCCGUCGUUCCGCAGCCCGCGGAAGAAGGUUCAUCCGCCGGUAAUUCUGCCAUGUCUUCCAACACGCCUUCACCUGCAAUGGGUAUACGAAACGGUUCUACGGCACAACCGCCAGCAGCUGACGGCGGUGCCGGUGUGACCAAGAUGGAGGAAGAUGAUAACAGCGACACGGAGGCGCUGAAGGAUGCGCUCGGUUUACCGAACGAUCUAAUGGAGGAAGAUUUUGUUAGUCAAAUCAUGAUUGCUGACGAUGAGCUUACCAAAACGUCCGGGGCCGCAUUCGACGAGCUGACGGGCGAUGCGGAGUUGAGCGAUACGCUCGGGAAGUCGUCCAAAGACGAGCUCGUGGACAUACUCAGUCCACACUUCGAUCUCACCAACUUAGGUCAGAUGGACAGCAAUGCGGUGGAGGAAAUUUUCAAAACGGUACUCACCACCGAUGAAUCACAGGAAUCUCAGGAAUCGAUGAUGGCCGGUUCCAUGACACCGUACACAUCCAACACAUCCACACCAUCGCACACGGCGGACGUGACCAAGAAGGCCGUCAACACACGGUACAUCACGGCAAGUGCUCAGCACAUGGUGGUGCAUCCAACACAACAACAGCAACCUCAACCACAGCUCCAGCAGCCUCAAAUACACCCAUCACAGCUGCAACAGGUUCGAGUCCAGCAACAAACGCAACCGAUGCCCCAGCAACGUGCACAAACUACAUUGCAGCAAACCACGAUGAUGCCUCAAGCCCUGCAAACAGUGCCGAAUCAAGGCCCGCUGCUAAACGACCAGCCGGCGGUGGUGGUGCCUGGCGGUUUGGGAAUGCAACCCAAUUCGAUGGUGAACAGCAUGGCGAACUCGCCACACAUUCCACAACCCCUUGUCGGGCAAAUGAUGCAACAAUCGCAACAGCAGCACCAGCAAGGACCACAGCAAACCACGAUCGGCGGCCUUAUGCAAACCGCCGUUAUGUCCGGUCCGACAGGUUUGAUCGCUGGCGUAUCGUCGCCACAGCAAACGAUGGCCGGUGCUUUUCCACUGGUACCAGCUCAGACACAGCAGCAGCAGGGCCAGCAGCAACAUCAAUUGCCGCUCGCCAUUGGUUCGGUGAUCGAUCUGAACCAACAGCAGCAGAUGAAUCGAGGGUACUAUUCCAAUGACAUGCAUUCGCACAGCAGCCCUUUGAUGAGCGGAUACGCGGAUCUGAACCAGUGCCAGUCACCGGUGGGCGCCACAUCACAGCCACAGGUUCAGCAACCGGUGGGACAGUGGCAGAAUGCCAACGUACAGCUGGUUGGGGGACCGCCCGGUGCCGGUGUUUCGCUCGAUACCACGCAGGGCGCUGGAACGAUCCAGCGGCCCGGCGGAGUGGUCGGACCAAUUCCUGGCGGCGAGAUGAUUACACUGGACGAAACGAACGUUAAGAGUGCACAAAAGUUGUCCGAGAAAAUGCGCAAGGAUGAAAUGCUUGGUGAUAUGGCAACCAUUUCGUCGGUUUUGUACUGCAACAUGCGGCACCCCGAGCUGAAGGCGGAAUAUCCGAACUGGAACGAGCGUUGGAAGCAAAUCAGCAAACGCUGGCGUCUGCUGUCGAACGAGGAAAAGCAACCGUUCCUGCAGCAGGCCCGCGACAAUCGGUCCGCCAGCAAGAUGAAGAAAACACAGCAGGUACCACAAUUAUCACCCAAAGAUGGCAAUAGCAAUAGUUCGGGUACGAUGAACAUUGUUGGUCCAUCAUCCGCAUCUUCUCCUUCUUGCUCCUCAUCAUCGAACAUAUCGGGAUCGCUAACCACGGAAACGGGUUCCAUCUUAAUCGGUUCCGAUCAAACGGUGGCUGGAGGUUUGGUGCAGCAUCAUCUCAGCGUGCAGCAGCAACCUCAAGGCGCCCAGGGUCAGCCGAUGCAACAGCAGCAGCAGCAGCAGCAGCAUCAGACGCAACACCAUCAACUGCACCAGCAACAGCAGCAGCACGGGCAUCAGCAGCUGCUGCACAGCAACACCACACUUCAGCCGCAGCUACUUGAGGACCAGGACAAGAUAAAUGCGCAGCAGAAAAGUAUGCGCGAGGCGGAACAAGAACGGCAGUGGAAACAACUGCAGCAACAGCGCGCCCGAGAGCAACAAUCGCAACAACAUUUGUUGCUCCCGGAGCAAAGGAUGCAAGACCCAACAAUGCAACUGCAGGUGACGACGGACGGUGGUCCAGGCAUUGGACCUCUGGCAAGUCCGUCACCCAAUUCGAGGGGACCCUUUGUUUCGCCGGUCAACAAAAACCGCAUGCCUGCCGGUGCGGUAGGAGCAUUGGGAAUGAAUGCUCCAUCCAGCCCGGUAGCAGGCAGCUUCCAGCAUCCCGGCAUGCCGUCAUCACGUGGCCUGCCUGUACAGAUGCAGCCACAGCAGCCCCAGCGCCAACUGCAACAGGGACCAACGCCUGGUGCGGGUCGACUGCCGAUGAGUCCCUUUUCCCCACAAUCGCAACAGCCUCAAUCCCCGCAUGACAUACUGCCAGAAUCGCCAGCAAGCCAGCAUUCGGGCAUGGAUCCGUUUGUGCGACCACCGUCGGAAGGUUUGUCGGACGGUUAUGCCGUGCACCACUCACCGCAGACACCCCGCUCGAUGGGCCACCAAAGUCCGGUAGCGGCCGCGAACCGAAGUCCCGCCUAUUCGGGACCACAGCUUGCCACGAACAGCAACGUUCCAACCGGCAUUCGUGUCAAUCCGAUGGAAUCGGGCUAUGCCGGAGCUCCGGGUACACCCAGGCCACAGUUUGCAUCGAGCAGUACCUCGCGGCCGCUGGUUUACGCUCGACCGGGCGAUCUUUUUGGUUCGAUGCCCAACUCCCCGUUCACGUCGCCACGGUCGGAUGGCUUCGCCCAGUCGCCCCAGGAAGGCAAUCGACAGCUUCGCGAUCUGCUGCAGAGGCAACAACUUCCAACGCCCAACAACAAUGCGGUCUCCGGUGGUACAAGCGGGGCGACCAUUGGCGUUGGGUUGAUGCAAACCGUAGCCCAUCAAUCGCCGCAACAGCAGGUGCAGUCGCCCGGUGGAUUCAUCGAUGAUGCACAGCAACAACAAAUGCAACAGCAACAGUUGCUGCAGCAGCAACAGCUGCAUCAACAGCAGCAAACUCAAAUGCAACAACAAUCAUCACCUCAAAUGCAACAGCAGCCACUAGCGCCACAGCAAACGGUGCUAAUGCAGCCUCCCCCAUCGGGCGGUCAGCCAGCGGCGAACCCAAUGCCAAUGAGUCCGACCGAUAUGGGCACCUUCCGGCAACCGUUGCCGCCGAACAUGAUGGCCCGCCCUCGGAUGCCUGGUUCGAUGAAUCGGCCCACCGGCGCAAAUAGCGUCCUCGUCGGAACAUCAAACCAGCAACAGAUACUGGUACGGCAGCAAAUUGUUCGUGCGGCCGGUGGCACCACCAACCAAAUGGUUAUCACCCAGCAAGGCUUGAUGGCACAGCAACAAUCGGCACAGGUACUGCGCCAGCGAAUGCAACUCGGCGCUGCUGGUUCCACCGGAACAACCGUCCCCGAUGGGGCACAGUUUAUGACUGCCACUGGUCAGCUAGUGCAUGGCCAACAGCAGAUGAUCAACUCGCAGCAGCAACAGCAACAAUUGCUGACAUCGUCACAAACCGAUCAACAGAACAUAGCGUUGUUGGCACAACGAUUAGCCGGCGAAGGUGAAGCUCACGUUCCUUCGGUAAAUCUUGUCCGUGGUCCGCAAAACUCACAACAGCAGCAACCACAGCAACAACACGCUCAAGCAGUUCAACAACAGCAGCAACAGGCAACAGCGUCCUCAGCCGGCGGAACUGGCGGAAGUCAGCAUCCGGAAGGUCCUUCCGAAAUUCCGGAUAGCGUUAGCGCGGAGCUCGAAAAGCUCGAACAGGAAGACAACACGGGCAUGGGAGAGGUCGAAGGUGUCGGUGACCUGCUCGGUGAACUCGGGGACGACGAUGCCGAACUGUUGAACUCGUUGACGGCCGAAAUGGGAGACCACUUCAACAUUCUCGAGUACGCCGAUCCCGAGCUGGACUCAACCGAUGGUGAAAAGUCGAACCUUCUCGAUACGCUGGACAGUCUGGACGAUGAAGCGAAGGAAUCGGAUGCCAAGAGUAAACUGAAACACCACCCCGAAGCUGGCGGAGACCGUCAUGCCGGUGGUGAUGCGGUAGCAGCGGUGGAGCAAAAUGCUGCAAUGCAACCCGGAAACUUUGCAGCCGUACCGAACCAGCUGAUGCAGCAACAGCAACCCCAUCAACAACCGCAACUAUCACAGCUUCAACAACAAUUUGGACAACCGCAACUAAUCAACGCACCGACACAGCAACAGCAGCUCCAGAUGAAAACGGUUCGUCCUAGUAUGAUGAAUCAACCGGCGAUGCAAAUGCACCCCCAAAUGCAACAGCAGCAGGUACAGCAGCAAGGUAUUUUGAUGGGCACCGGUCCAAUGGGCGUCGGGCCGAGAAUGAUGCUUAAAGAUGGCGGUGCUGUCGGCGUGGUCAACACCAACAUGAAGGCUGGUUUCAUCAAUCAACAGCGCAUGCAACAGCUGAAACAGUUGGGCACGGGUGGCCCAAUGGUACAAAAUGUUAUCCCGGGUCAACCGCAAGCUCGCGCGAUCCAGCAAAUGGGAGGCAAUCGGAUCGUACAAACCGUCACCAAUUUGCCCAACCAGCAGCAGCUACCCCAGCAGCCUCAGCUUCCGAACCAAUCACAACUUGCUCUGCAGCAUCAACAACAAGCGCAAGUGCCACAACCUCAACAGCAACAGCAGCCGAAUGUGCCGGUAACCGUCGGGGGGCAGCCACCGCCGCCACCGUACCCGGAACCUCCGCCACCGUAUCCUGGCAAUCAAACGAACGCAGGUGGACCCCUUACGAACAACCCGAAUCAGAUGCAGAAGAACACUCAAGGCAACAGUGGGAUGCCUUCCGUACCGCAAGCUACCGGCGGUUUACCCACCAUCCCAUUGGUCCCCGCAAACACUUCCACUAUCGCCGCUGGUGAUGCAGGGACCAACAAAAGCAUUCCACUGUUCCAGGCCAAUCUGCAGCCACAGCCUACGCAACCACCGGAAAAAAUAGUGACCGAACAGGAUCGUUUGGUGCAGAUAACCUACGAAAACUGGCUGCAGCAGCAGAACACCGUGCUGUCCAAUCAGCUAAAGUACUACGAGACGGAAAUACUCAAACUGCGGAAGGUGAAGAAACAGCUAAACACCAAACAGCGCCACCAGCGAAAGCAGAGCAAAGAGCUGACUGAGGACGAUGCGAAGGAGCUGCAAAGAACGACGGCUGACCAUAUGGUCAUUCAAAAGCAGCUGGAAAAUGCCCGCCGGCAGCAGCGUCAACACAACGUCAUACUGCAGGAGUACAACGCGAAGCACCAAUCGGCGAAACAGUCCACCGCCGGUGCCAGCACAGCCGUCGGCGGGCCGACCAUCGGCAGUUCCCCGGUCUCGCAGUCUCUGAUCGCGCCGCAAUCACCUCUGAUGGCACCGUCACCCAGCAACUCCCAGCCCGGUGCCUUCAACCACCAUCAACCACCGGUACAGUCACCGCUCGGCAACGCCAUGAUGCAACCCAAUCAGAGCCCGCUGCACUCGCCCAGUCCGCUCCUUUCCCACAGUCCCGGCCCGGCAAGCGUCAACUCGGUGAUGCAGAGUCCGGGGGGCAAUCACACCAACUCGAACAGCAGUCACCGGGAGGCAAUGUCACCGUACAGCACGAUGCAACCUUCGCCGCGCAUCGGAACGCCGCACUCGCAGAUAGACGACAAUCCGUUCAGUCCCGGCCCCGGUGGCGGUCCGUCUCCGUCACCUUCGCUACCCGGUCGGCUAACAUCGCCUGCACCGCGCAUGACAUCGCCCCAGCACCGGAUGGGUGGCCAGCAGCUCGUCAGUGGAAGUGGUCGCAUGAUAGCCAGUCCGGGGCAUCAGUACACCCAGCAAGGACUAAUGAUGCAGGGGUCGAUGGUGAACGUGCAGCUCAACUCCCAGCAGCAGCAACAACAGCAAGCGCGCUUCGUACGGCCACAGAUAAUUCCGAAUGAUCCGAAUGUGCGGAUGCGAGUGGCGAAUAGCAUUCAACUGCAACAGCAGCAGCAUCAGCAGCAACAGCAGCAACAGCAAAUGCAGCAACAGCAAAUGCAACACCAGCAAAUGAUGGCUCAGGCUUCCAACAUUCGCAACCAAAUGCAAGCGGGCGGUGGGAAUGGCGGUGGCAACGGGGGCUACAAUUCCCCGCUCGGUAGCCCGCAGCCGAUAAUGUCUCCGGGUGGCGGUGGUGCUAACGCCGUUGGCCAGCAGCAACAGCAAAUGAUGGUUAAUCAGCAGCAGCAGCAGGGUAUGAGUAUACAGUUCAUGCAGCAGCAACAACGCUUGCAGCAAAUGCAGCAACAGCAACGCCAGCAGAUGAUGCAAUCUCCCCAGCACCAGGCCAGCAGCGGAGGGCAGAUGCUCCAGCAACAAUCACCCCAACACCCGGCAGCUGGUGGACAAAUGCUGCAACAACAGCAACCGAAUCAGCAGCAAAUGCAAAUGAUGCAACAGCAGCAGCAACAGCAACAGAUGCAACAAAUGCAUCAAAUGCAACAGCAGAUGAACUUUGCAAAGCAAAGCCCGGUCCACCAGCAGCCUCCAUCGCCACUGCUGAGUCACGGUGGAGGCAACACCCCAACCUCAUCGCCGAUGCCUCAAAGCCCAAUGCUGUACUACGGCCAGCAGCAGUCGCAACCGCAACAGCAAAUGAUGCGUCAGCAAUCGUUGCCGGAUGGAAGCAACAACUACAUCAUCAGCAGCCCGAGCGGUGGUGGAAUGAACCAUCCUUCUAAUCCGAUCCCACUUCCACCGUUUGGACCAGUUCGCUACGUCAAACUUGGUUUGCGUGGCGGUGCACCGAUGUGGGGAAAUGCCCGGGGCAACAAGCGCGCGAAUCCGGUUCCAGCGCAGUUCCAGCAGCAGCAACAGCAGCAGCAGUUGCAAAAGCAGCUUCAGCUACAAAAACAACAACAACAGGCAGCACAAAGUGGGGCUGCAGGUACAUCGGCCGGGGCUGCCCAAGAGGGUAGAAAAACCACCACCUUCAUUCAGCACCGCAACCGCAUAACGAUUGUCCAGAAACCUGCCGGUGGGGCGGCACUAUUGAAACAGGCUAACGUGGCGCAACCCGCUGUCAGUAGCAGCGUGGAGGAGAUCGUCGUUAUCGAUAGCAGUCCGGACGAGAAGCAACAACGGUUGCUCGACUACGACGACGACAACGAUAAAGCGUUAGUGAGUGCGGAGGUAUCCCUCAAUUCCGUCGCCCAGCACGGAGUGGAUGGCGAUGAGACGAUCAUCGAGUCGCUCAGCAGCACCCCGGGUGGGUACGAGAUCGUCGGCAGUCCGCUGGACUCGCAAAUCGUAUCGGGCGAGUACAAUCUGUUCUCCGAGGACGUGGUGGAGUGCGUGGACAACGAGGACGGCGUGACGGUGGUUACAGCGACCAAGAAAGACAACCGCACGGUCACCGUGGAGCUGCUGAAGGAUGUGACGGAUGGAGGUAGCUUGAAGGAAAAACCACUGCUGGUCGGAUCGGAGAUUGAGAUUGUCGACAGCAUCGACGAUAGUAGCAUCGCCUCGACGACGGAGGAUUUCGAGGCCAUGAUCGACAGCCGGCCAGCGUCCGAGGGGGGCAGUAGCAGCUCAACCGGGAGCGUCGUGCUACUGGAUGGUCAAGGUACGGCCAAAAGCUCCGACACGACGAUUAUCCUACGAAAACAGGACUCCGAUAAAACGGCGACGGCCGAGAGAAGAGAGGCAGUGGUUGCGGCCACCGCAUCACCAUCGGCAAAAGAAAUUACCCUGGUGACGGUCCAGCAACAACAGCAACAGCAAAGUCCUAAAACACUCACUUACCCAACGGCACGGAUCGCCAUCCAGCAGUCACUGAUGCAGAACCGUCCGAUCGUGGCCGCCGCCCAUCAGCGGUUAGUGAAGGACGCGACGGAAACGUCCACCGCGAAGCUCUCGAUCGGCAACACAACGAUCUCGGUGCCGAUACUGAAGAGCUUUCCGCUCACAACGUCCACACCGCCAAAAACGACCGCCGAACAGCAUCACGCGAACAUUAAAACCGGGGUCACGAUCGCAGCCGCCGGUGCUACGCAUUCGAAAAAGAUCAUCACCUCGUCCGGGCUGUCGAUCAGUAACAUGGCCAAAAAUGCCGGUACCGGCGGAGCUAGCUCUGGUGCUGGUGGUGGCGGUACGGUAAUUUCCGUGGCAGGACAGAAAAUAAAUACCACCAGUAUUGUGACGUUGUCCUCGCUUAACCUCAACCAGUCGGCAGCCCCGUUCAUCACGAAAACCUUUGCACGCCCCAGCGGAGGCGUUACGAUACAGCAUCAGAAGCAAAUGGCACAGCAAAUUGCAGGAUCGCACAUAAAAAUUCAGCAACAAGCCGCCACCCAGCAACAGUUGACAAUCGGCGCCACCGGUGUGGCAGGAAAUGGAGCCACGAUCGUCGCAGCCCAGCCCCCUUCGUCGAGCGCUUCGCAGCAACACCACGCCGGCGAAGGCACUGGCACUGGCAGUAUCGUGGUGAAGGCUGCGAAAUCGAAAGCAACGUCUGCAUCGCCCAGUCUCAACUAUGCGAAGCUUUCCUCGCUCACCGUAUCGCAGGAUGUGUCGCUGCCGACGAAAAUUUUCCACGAGGAUGACUCCAUUUCACCCGACAGCUCGAUCAGCCAGGAGGAGGACACCGUCGAUCAGCUGCCAAGUGCCGAUAAUCGUUCCGACUCGGUCGACGAGACCUCGAAGUCAACAGUGGUACUGGUCACCAACAGCAGCAGCAGCAGCAGCAGCAGCAGUAGCAGCAGCAACAGUAGCGAUGGCGGCCUUUCGAAUGAUUCCCUGCAGGAGGGCAGCAGCAGCAACACAACGACGAUCAGUCUCAAGUCGAAGCAAGGGAUCAUCCCCGUGCACGUGAUUGCGAAAUCGCGUGAAAAUUCCCGUAGUCCCACGAUGACGGGUGGCGGUAGCAGUGCCAGCGGCUCGGCUAGUACUGCGCAACGGAUCGUUCCCCAGCUUUCGCCCCUUUCGCAACCGAACGAGCUGACACAGAAUGCGAUGAACGUGUCCCAGCAGGUACGUUCGAUAAUGUCGUCCAUCAAUGUGGCCAGCAGCAGCGCCCCCGUGUCGUCGUCUACAUCUUCCACGAUCGUAUCGUCCACCGUCGUGCCAGUGAGCUCGAUGAGCGCCACGACCGUUCCGGGAACCAACAUAUCGACCAUCACGUUCGACACGACAAUGCUCCCGACGAAGGGUGACAACAUGAGCAAAACCGAAACGAUCGCCAGCAUCCUGAAGACGGUAUCGGGAAAAACGAUCCUUCCGGCCGCGGCCAUUGCCAGCAAUAGCUCCGGGGGCCCCGCGAAAUCAUUCUCCGAAGCGGGCGGUACCGGCGCGCUCACGACAACGAUCGCUUCGAUUCCGAGCGGAACGAAGCUCCAGUUGAGCCGGAUUCCCGGUGGCCAAACGAUCACCGGCGGUAAUAGCAACAUUCUCGUCGUGAAGCAAGUGCGUGCAUCAAACAAGGGCACCGGGGUCGGCGGUCAUGGGUCGCACACCCAGAAGCAGCUCGUUGUUUUGACACCACAAUCCCAACAGGUGGCCGGUGGAACGCAGCAGAUCAAGAUUCAAACCCAACAGCCCCAGCUAACGUCAGGCAACAGUGUCAUCAUCCAAAGCCAACCUGUGACCGUCGGAGGUGGGUUUGUGAAAAUUUCUACGAACCCUAGCGCUGGCUCAGAAUCCGGCCUCGGCAAACCGACCUCGAUUACCAUCGAAUCGUCACCGUCUUCCGGCGCGCAACCGGUUUCGGUUUCACAAUCUUCCACCAGCGCGCUACAGCAGCAGCCACAGCAAAUCAUAUGCACCAAUCAGGCCACCGGGCAAACGAGGAUCGUCAAUCUGGGCACGGUUGUGGCGACGGGUGAUGGCGGCCCAAAUUCCGCCGCCGGAAGUGUGCUGGGUAAAUCCAUCAUCAUGAGCACGGGCGGUACCCAUCGCCAAGCGACGAUUAUAGCAACCACCAGCGCGACAACGCUCAGCAGCGUGUCGCCGUCAGUGGUCCCCACGACGAGCAUCCUUAGUGCGACCCUUUCGCAGCCGCUGCUUAAAUCUGGAGCGAACGUGUCGGCGAUCAGUACACUGCUCCAGAACCAGCUGGCGAAUGCGUCCUCGUUUCGGCGCUCGAAAUCCACCGACGAGCCGCCGGUCCAUCACGUGCACGGUCGGGAAAGUGCCUCCUCGCAGAUCCUCAGCAAACGGCUCAGUCUCGAGGCGACGAACAACUUGAUCAAGGGUGAACCCAUCGACAGUGCGUCGGAUGACACGAACGUAAGCUCUUCAUCGCCAGCACUCGGAAAACCGGAAACGGCCGGCAGCGGAUGCAAGUUCUCGACCAUGCCAUCGGGACUCGGCACCGGCGCCGGAUCCAAGGCGGAAGACUCGCAGAAUGUGCUACUAAAGCAACUGCUUCAGAAUACCGGUACCAAUUCCGUGCCCUCGCCGGCACCGUCCCCGAUUGGUCGCGCCGUUCCCGGGUUGAUUACGAACCAGAGGGCGCCGAGUCUGGGCGUGGUCAGCUCACUCGAAGCCCAGCUAGCACGCCCCAUCAUUCCACCGUCGGCCAACCCUCCGGCCAUCCAGAUUAUAAGCACUCAGUCGAUUGUUGCUGCGGCUUCGGCCGCCGCCAUCACAACCGCUUCGUCAGCGGCUUCCGCGUCCACCUCGACCCCAUCGUCCUCUUUGCUGACCGCCUCGUCAUCUUCGUCAAUGGUGGUCGCUACGACGACUACGGCUUCCGCUUCUGAUGCUCCCAACACCACCGCCACCACCAGCAGCACUAACGCCAACCAAAGUACCCCGUCCGGCGGCAACGACUCGUCCAAGCCUAAGCUCAUCUCGAGGGAAACAUCGUUCGUGUCGAAACCACCGGCCACCGCCAUCCUAUCGGGCCAUCCGACACCGAAUUUGGCCGCCAAUAUGCUCGCGGCGACCAUCAAAAAGGAGGAGAUGCUCCAAGCGGCGGCAGCCGCGGCCACCUCCAGUUCGCCCCCGACCGUGGCGCCGGUACCGGCACCGGUCACGGUGAAGCUGGAAUCGGGAACCAUCACCGUAUCGCAGUUGCAAUCGUCACAGCCGAACGUUGUAGUGGUGCCCGUGACGGCCACCACCACUGGCAACAGCAGCGCCGCCACCGCGAAAACAUCGCAACAAUCGGCGCAACACCAACAACAAAGUCAAACGACGAUGAUUCAGAGCAACAGCUCGGUGCAAGUCCAGUUGGUGCAAACUGCACCGGCCAACGCAGUGGGCGGUGGUGCCGCCGGUGAAACAACCGUGACGAUCAUUAAACGUGAGCAGCUCUCGAACCGACAAACACCGACGCCUCCGACGAUGAAAACGCCGAUCGAAGAGCAGCGCCGUGUAACGCCGAGCCCGGGCACGGUCGAGCAGCAAGCAUCGGGUGUGCCAACGACACCCACACCGCCUCCAUCGCAACCAUCCCGGCCAGGGUCUGCUGAGAUGAAAAAAUCUGCCGAUCAGCCGACCACGAUCGGUGGUGGUUCGAAAGUAGCGACUUCCGUUGCUUCCGGUACCACGAGCGUAACGAUGUCCACCGCACCGCCAUCCGUCACGCCGAUGGGGCCACCACCUGCCGCAGCAUCGUUCUCCGCUUCCCCGGCACCAUCACAAACACCGCCGGCCAUGAAGUCGCCCUCUGCUUUCGAGACAACAACUGGAGCAGGAGCGGCGGUAACGGCGGCGGCACCGAUCACGAUCAAAGAAGAACCCACUGAGCCGGCCGUUGAGGUAUCGACCAAGACCGCCGCCGAACUGGCGAUCGAGCUGAAGAAGAAGAAGCGUCGCGAGUAUCAGAAGAACCGUCGCCAGCAGCAGAUUCAAUCGAACAAGGAGAGCCACCACCAUCACCAUCACCACCACCACCAGCACGGUGGCGGCGGUGGCGGUCAGGCGAAGAAGAAACCGCGCAAAUCGGUCAAGAUCGAGGAGGACUACGACACGUGCAUCGACAACCUGAUGGGCCAGUUGCGGCAGCUGCCGCCGAUGCAAAUCCUGGAACCGCAGCUCCCGCGGAACUACGGUGUGUGCCCGCUGUUCGGUACGAGCGAUCUGUCCAAGUUUACGCUCCUCAAAGGCUACUCGAUAGCGAGCGGUGAUCUGAGUGGGUGCUACGGCAGCGCUCAGCUUCCGUCGGUGGCCGAUUUCUACAACACCAAGCCGUUCGGCGUGAAAGAGCCGCCACCGAAGCCGGCCCCCACCUCAACGCAGCGCGGCUUCUACGAUCAGGAGUUUCCGCCGAUCAAGUUCGAAACGGAAGAUCGCGCCCAUCGGUACGAGUUCGUGCGGUACGACCGCGAUCUCGACUCGCCCGACACGAUCAUCAGCACGUCCAGCCCGGAGUGCAUCCGGUGGGACGCAUCGCCGAUCGGGUUUCCCGGGCUGCGUUUGAUCAAAGAGGAAGACCCCGGAAUGGAGGAACCGGACCAGGAAGCAAGCGUGUACGGCCGGAUGUCACCGAUCGUGCCUAUUCUGACGCCCGUGCCGAUACGGGCGCGCAAGGGUAACGGCAUAACGCUCGGUUCCGAUGCACUCCGAUCGGCCGGCAGUGGUGCGGACAGCAACAAGGAGAACGAAGGCGGCAGUCAGAAGGAUGGCGGCGCGGCGCUGGGUAUCAAGUCACGGUUCGGACCCCCGAACCGGCUGCGGGACGGGAACAAUGUGACCGUUACGCUCACGCUCACGUCGUCGGCGGCCGAAGACAUCCUCGGUGUGCUGCGUGAUCUGGCCAACAUCCUAGAAAUUCCCCCACCGACCGCGUUUCAGAUCGUGGAGCGAACGGCCACUCCGACCAGCCAGAAGCUGGGCCUUUACCGGGCGAAGGGUGGCAAAGAGUGCGCCCCGAUCGACAUUCAGACGAUCCUGAACGGGACGGCACGCUUCUGUCGGCACUGUGACGUCGUGAUACUGAACAGCAUCAUCGUCGCGAAGGCCGCCGAAUUUCCGCUGCUAACGGGCGGCCAGGAGCUGGAGUCCGACGAGCUGUACUUUUGCGGCGUCCAGUGCUACCGACAGUUCAAGACGUGCCCGACGAACAUUCUCCUCGAUGACGAACGGGCGGCCGAUGGCAACGAGCCGACAACGGAAACGACGGUGGCCAACAAAACGGUCGACAGCAACGGUGCGGCAACGCCGACGACGGUCGAGAUUAAGCGCGAGGUGCUCGAUGACGAUCCGAUGGAGAUCACGAUCGACGGCAACGAUAUCGCACCGAUCGGUGCGGCGGCGGCUGGUGAUCGCAAGAAGAAACAUUCCGAUGACAGUGCCACGGACAAGGAUCAACCGCCGGCCAAACAGCUGAAGGGCGUGCGGUACAAAACGUUCGGUCCGCACUGUUUCCCGGUGCAGCGGUUGAAAAAACCGUCCGAGAAGGAAAUCACGGAAACGCUGUUCCGCAUGAACAUCACCGUGACGCCGUCGCCGAAGAUGCCGGACGAUACGCGGCGCUGCAUCUUCUGUCACACGGUCGGGGACGGCGUGGCGGACGGGCCCUCGCGGCUACUAAACUUCGACGUCGACAAGUGGGUGCACCUGAACUGUGCCCUCUGGUCGGACGGUGUGUACGAGACGGUGAACGGUGCGCUGAUGAACCUCGAAAACGCACUGCAGCAGAGCCUCACGUCGGCCUGCGCGCUCUGCAACAACCUGGGCGCCACGAUCAAGUGCUUCAAGACGCGCUGCACCAACGUGUACCAUCUGAGCUGCGCCAUGAAGGACGGGUGCGUGUUCUACAAGAACAAAAGCACCAUGUGCCAGACGCACGCCCUCCGGACGGAGAAGGACUCCGAGCUGACGACGCUCAGCGUGCAGCGCCGGGUGUACGUCGAUCGCGACGAGAGCCGCCAGGUGGCAUCCGUGAUGCACCACUCGGAGUCGAACAAUCUGCUGCGCGUCGGCAGCUUGAUCUUUCUGAACGUGGGCCAACUGUUGCCGCACCAGCUGCAGAGCUUCCACACACCCAACUACAUCUACCCGAUCGGGUACAAAAUUAUCCGCUUCUACUGGUCGAUGCGGAAACCGAACAAACGGUGUCGCUACAUCUGCUCGAUAGCGGACGUGAGCGGGCGGCCCGAGUUCCGCGUGCUGGUGCAGGAAGCGACCGAGGAGGACAUUGAGCUGCGCGACGCAACACCGAAAGCCGUCUGGCAGCGGAUCCUCGAGCCGAUGGCGCUGCUGCGCAAGAACUGUCAGAUCGUGCAGCUCUUCCCGCGCUACGUCAGUGGCGAAGAUCUGUUCGGGCUAACGGAACCGGCGGUAGUGCGGAUCCUCGAGAGUCUACCGGGCAUCGAAACGCUCACGGACUACCGGUUCAAGUACGGGCGCAACCCGUUACUGGAGCUCCCGCUGGCAAUCAACCCGUCCGGUGCGGCGCGCACCGAACCGAAGCUCAAGCACACGCUGUCGUGGAAAAAACCGCACACCCAGCGAACCGGAUCGGCCAGCCAGCGGCCAACGUUUGUACCGACCAGCUCGCCGGCCGGAGAGGUGGCCUGCCCGUACAGCAAGCAGUUUGUGCACUCGAAGAGCUCACAGUACAAGAAAAUGAAGCAAGAGUGGCGCAACAAUGUGUUUCUGGCACGGUCCAAAAUCCAGGGUCUCGGGCUGUACGCGGCCCGCGACCUCGAGAAGCACACGAUGGUUAUCGAGUACAUCGGCGAGGUGAUUCGCACCGAGGUGUCGGAGCUGCGCGAGAAGCAGUACGAAGCCAAGAACCGUGGCAUCUACAUGUUCCGGCUGGACGAAGAGCGCGUGGUCGAUGCGACGCUGAGUGGUGGUCUGGCGCGCUACAUCAACCACUCGUGCAAUCCGAACUGUGUGACGGAAACGGUCGAAGUGGACCGCGAACUGCGCAUCAUCAUCUUCGCGAAACGGCGCAUCAACCGGGGCGAGGAACUGUCGUACGACUACAAGUUCGACAUCGAGGACGAUGCGCACAAGAUUUCGUGCAUGUGUGGGGCCCCGAAUUGUAAAAAGUGGAUGAACUAAAGCACCGUCGGGAGGUCAACGGACAAAGGAUUUGUAUUCCCCACCCUGACACAUGAUGUGACACCUUUUUUGAACGGGGCAAUUGGUUGCCACCGCACUCUCCGUACAUAAGUAGACAUUGGAAACAUUAUGCAUUGGAAACGCAAGCAAUGCCCACUCUGCUGCUGUGUUAGUGAACGAGUGAUGGGAAUGCGAAGGACGGUUGAUGAACAUCGAUACGAUAAGUGAGUAGAACAAUAAGUGAUAGUGUUGAUCAAGUGUUGUAGCUGGAAAAGAUGUACUUUAAAUUGACUAUGUUAAAGCAAAACGCAUGUUAACGGAUACAAAUGGAACCUUUCCCGUAUUGAUGAAGACAACCGAAGCAUUGAAAACAUCUAAAGUAUAUACACAAACAUUGUAAAUCUAUAGAGAUAUAUACAUCUAUAUAUAUAUAAAGAAUAUAUAUAUUUUCGGACGAUUAUUUUAGUAGCAUAUUUUGCUAUAUACAAGAUUGUGGCGGUAAAUAAGCGAACAAAGGGGCGCCGAAAACAAGGAGCAAACUCGAAGGAGUUAAUGUCAGCGGCAACCAAGGGGCGCCAGAAGCGAUACGGCGAUCUGGAUGCGUACCUUUUGCACAGACGCUUCCGUUGCACGAAGAAUGCACGCGCGUGUUCUUAAACCAUACGCGCUUGCCAGUCCCCAUUUCGGAAACAUUUAACCCUAGAGAUAAGAAACACCACGACCGAUUGGGAGUGCCGAUCGUGUUUCUGAUAGCAGAGGGAGCGUAAGGACACAUUCACUUCAGACACACGCCCGUUACACUGUUAAUUAUUAAUUUCUCUUCCUUUUUAUACACAUUACACGCAAGUUACACAUUAUUAAGUCAGUAAAGUGUAGGAGUGUUCUUUUUUAGAAUGAACCGUA